UAUAUACGCGCCGCUCCCUAUCUUGACGUUUCCUCCUUCGGACUCGCCCCUCUUCGUCUGUCCCUCGCGAGAGCGAUCGAUCGAUCGUUCGAAUGGCGUUGCCGAAUCAACAGACCGUCGAUUACCCGAGCUUCAAGCUCGUUCUCGUCGGUGAUGGAGGGACCGGGAAAACUACAUUUGUUAAGAGGCAUCUUACUGGUGAAUUCGAGAAGAAGUAUGAACCCACAAUUGGUGUCGAGGUCCAUCCGUUGGAUUUCUUUACAAACUGUGGGAAGAUUAGGUUUUAUUGCUGGGAUACGGCUGGUCAAGAGAAAUUUGGUGGCCUCAGAGAUGGAUACUACAUCCACGGCCAAUGUGCCAUUAUCAUGUUCGAUGUGACUGCCCGGUUGACUUAUAAAAAUGUUCCAACAUGGCACCGGGACCUGUGCAGGGUUUGUGAGAAUAUUCCAAUUGUUCUAUGUGGCAACAAGGUUGAUGUGAAGAACAGGCAGGUUAAAGCAAAGCAAGUUACAUUCCACAGGAAGAAGAACCUCCAAUACUAUGAGAUUUCUGCAAAGAGCAAUUAUAACUUCGAGAAGCCCUUCCUCUAUCUUGCUAGAAAACUUGCAGGGGACCCAAAUCUUCACUUUGUUGAAUCUCCAGCACUUGCGCCUCCAGAAGUUCAGAUUGAUCUGGCCGCACAGCAACAGCAUGAAGCAGAGUUGGCUGCAGCUGCUGCCCAACCCCUUCCCGAUGACGAUGAUGAUGUAUUCGAUUAGGCCCUUGUUAGUUCAGGUGUCCAUAUGCAGUGAGCUCUCACAGCAUCAUGUAGUUAGUUCCAAGUCUUCGAACCAUUUCAAUUAUCUUGCCCGAAGGAGUUGAACUUGGAUCUUUACCAUUUGAGAAGUCGUGGAGACCAGUCGUGUAGUUGAUGUGGAGCCAAGUUUCGAGAAAUCUUGUGCUGAAUUCGAUGCCUUUUAUGCUGCGAGCAACCUGUUCUUUUGCUGGAAUUAGGAGCUUGCGUGCUCUUUAUAUCGAAGUAUAAUGUUUUGUGAUGCUUGUUCUUCAUUUCUAUUUUUAUUUUACAUUAUCCUAUUUGAAAUAGACCUACUUGUUGUCGCAGAUUAUUUCUCAAAGCUAUUCUGCGUGUCA